UUUGAAUUUGCCUUUUUAUGACUGAUCUAAUUUAAAAAAAUCUUCAACGUUUUAAGAUUUGAGUUACUAUAUUAGUGUUUCUUUUGGUAUUAUUUAAGUGUAAUGAGUUCUGUUUUCAAACAAAGAUUAGGAAGAAGAUAUGAUAAAUAGAAAUUCGUAUUGGUGUAGAGCUGAUGUUUCGGGGUGUCUUGAAUCCCUCAAGAUUUGCAUCUUAGUAGGGCGCAGGAUCAACAACUAAGGGCGAAGGUUUUUCAGGUCAGCGUUCUCGUAGCAGAUAAAAGGGGAAAUCAAUACUGGGCUUUUUCAGAAGAACCUCAUGCCCCACAUAACUCGCUAAGUCUUUGUCGUUAGCGAUAGUGGUGAACACGUUUGGCAGCCACAGAAAGACAUGGCCACAGGAAGACAGAGUGUUGGCGAGUGGACAAUAUAGAAUGGGGUAGCAAGAUUACAUCAUUUCUUCAUAGCAGAACUGGAUCACUUCUGGAAAUUUCCUCUUUCCAACUCUUCCGGUUGCGAAGAACUGAAGGGAACAUAUGAACAAAUAAUAUUGGAGAUCUCUAGAAACUUACCUAUUCAUAACCACAUCCCAUGCAUACACGAUCAACUUCUCAAAUCGGACGUCACACGUAAGAAAGCGAAAAGAUGAUCGAUCCAUCAUCAUCGGAGGAAGAUAGUGAUGAAGAGCACGGAACUUCCCAUGGAGGACACCACUCUGCUCCUCAUCAUCAUUCUUCCUCCCACCCCCACCACCACACGUCCGAGGCUUCACCCUACCACCACACCCACCUAUCUGACUCUGGCAGCGGAAACUUGGAGGUGCCAAACAACAAUGCAGCUCUCCAGCGUUCGCUGUCACCCUCAAGCGCAGUCUCUGCUGAGACCCUUAGCCACAGCAUGGGAUCGUCCCGCGCAAACUCCUUACCACGACCUACCAGCCCAUCACCGUCUGUCGCUUCAGAGAAAACCGAAGUUGAUCUCCAAGAAAAGCAGGAACGAGAGGAAGAGGAGAGAAAGAGGAAAAUACAGCUCUAUGUAUUCAUUUCCCGUUGUAUCGCUUACCCUUUCAACGCCAAACAACCAACAGACAUGACGAGACGCCAACCAAAAGUAACAAAACAACAAUUGGAAUCAAUCAAUAUAAAAUUUCAGGCGUUUUUGAAAGGGGAAACUCAAAUAAUGGCAGACGAUGCCUUUCAGAAUGCAAUCCAAAGCUACUACGACGUUUUCUUAAAAUCGGAAAGAGUGGUUAAAAUGGUGCAAUCUGGUGCUUGUUCGCAAUACGAUUUCAGGGAAGUUUUUAGAAAUAACAUCGAAAAACGGGUCCGUGUUUAUUUAUCUAGAAAUAUAGCCGAUGUGGAGGGUCUCAGUAAGGAGUCUGUAUUUGCAUCUUGGAUGGCCAAAUUUGACUGUAUUCUCAAAGCUGGUCUUGGAGACGAAGAUUCAAAACGGCCAUCUAGAAUGCAACAAACCCUCAAUUCGGAGUUAAUUUUAUCUAAAGAACAACUCUAUGAUAUGUUCCAGCAAAUUUUGGGGGUAAAAAAAUUCGAACACCAAAUUCUUUUCAAUGCCUUAAUGCUCGAUUCUGCUGAUGAGCAAGCAGCAGCUAUUAGGAGAGAAUUGGACGGAAGAAUGCAGAAAGUGGCGGAAAUGGAAAAGAACCGGAAAUUAAUGCCAAAGUUCGUACUUAAAGAGAUGGAAUCCCUCUAUGUCGACGAGUUAAAGUCAUCAAUUAACCUGUUGAUGGCAAAUCUAGAAUCGCUUCCAGUAUCAAAGGGGUCCAUGGAUUCUAAAUAUGGCUUGCAAAAACUAAAACGCUAUAAUCACAGGUUGAACAACCAUAAUAAUCCGUAUAAUGUGAAGCAUCUUUUGAUGAACUAUGUUACUUCUUUUAGAUCGCAAGGAUCUUUAGCAAAAUUAGAAGGGGAUUCAGCUGACAGUGAUACAACACUAUCAAAACUUGACGUUGUUCUUACAUUCCAGUUGGAGGUAGUAGUCAUGGAAGUUAAAGGUAUAAAAUCACUUGCUCCAAAUCGUAUAGUUUAUUGCACAAUGGAAGUUGAGAGUGGGGAAAAAUUGCAAACAGAUCAAGCUGAAGCUUCUAAGCCUAUGUGGGAUACUCAGGGAGAUUUCACUACAAAUCAUCCGUUGCCAGUGGUGAAAGUGAAAUUAUACACAGAAAAUCCAGGCAUGCUUGCUUUAGAAGAUAAAGAAUUGGGAAAGGUGGCUCUUAGACCAACACCACUCUCAUCCAAGGCUCCAGAAUGGCAUAGGAUGACGAUACCUAAGAACUUACCGGAUCAAGAUUUGCGAAUAAAAAUUGCAUGUCGAAUGGAUAAGCCUUUGAAUAUGAAACAUUGUGGUUCCUUAUUUGCAAUUGGAAAAAGCGUUUGGAAGAAAUGGAAGAAGAGAUAUUUCGUUCUUGUGCAAGUAUCGCAAUACACCUUUGCUAUGUGUAGCUACAAAGAAAAGAAAUCUGAACCUUCUGAAAUGAUGCAGCUAGAUGGAUAUACCGUAGAUUAUAUUGAGAGUUCCAGCGCUAACAUGGUGGUGGGCAUGGAUUUGGAAGGUGGAAGGUACUUUUUCAAUGCAGUUAAAGAAGGAGACAGUAUAAUAUACGCUUGCGACGAUGAGAGCGAAUCACAUAUGUGGGUAAUGGCCAUGUACAGGGCGACUGGUCAAUCACAUAAGCCUACACCACCACCAACCCUCCAAGAUAAGAAUUCCACCAUAUCGAAGAUCCAAGGAGCAGAUGCUGAUAGGGCUAGAAAACAUGGUAUGGAGGACUUUAUAUCUGCUGAUCCGUGUCAGUUUGAACAUUCAUCCAUGUUUCGUCUCCUCCAAAGUCUUACUCUGGAGUAUAGACUCAACGAUCCUUAUUGUUCACUGGGUUGGUUUAGUCCAGGUCAAGUCUUUGUGUUAGACGAAUAUUGCUCGAGGUAUGGAGUUCGAGGUUGCUACAGGCACCUCUGUUACUUGUCUGACUUAUUGGACAGAGCUGAGAAGAACCUACUGAUCGAUCCAACCUUGAUCCACUACAGUUUCGCGUUUUGUGCGAGCCACGUACAUGGAAACAGUAAUGAACUCAGAACCGAUGGAGUUGGAAGCGUCACCUAUGAAGAAAAGGAGAAGUUUCAGGAGAUAAAGGAACGUCUCCGAGUGCUAUUGGAGAAUCAAAUCACUAAUUUCAGAUACUGUUUUCCUUUUGGAAGACCGGAAGGUGCUUUGAAAGCCACACUUUCGUUGCUUGAGAGAGUGCUUAUGAAGGACGUUGUGACACCAGUACCUGCAGAAGAGGUGAGAGGAAUGAUCAAAAAAUGUCUUGAAAGUGCGGCGCUUCUGAAUUAUACACGUCUAUCUGCUGAAGCAAAAGUUGAAGAAGAUCUCAAAGGAGAAACGAUGGUACCACCAAAUAAAAAGUUGGAUGAUUUGAUACGGUUAGCUGAGCUUUGUGUCGACUUAUUACAACAAAACGAGGAACAUUACGCAGAGCAACUGCGUGAGCCACCGCCACAAGGCGUUGUUGCCUCGACAGGCCCUAGCUCUAGUACUACCGCCUCGGCCCCAUCUAGUGGCCGGGACGUUAAGCACGAGCAAUCUGUGUAUCGCUAUUGCAUGCCUCAGCAUGCUACUUACCAACCACCUGAUCCUACGGCUUUCGCUUGGUUUAGCGAUCUGCUUGUUGAACAUGCUGAGAUAUUCUGGUCCUUAUUUGCUGUUGACAUGGAUCGGGUACUUGCAGAACAACCAGCAGAUACUUGGGACUCCUUCCCUCUAUUCCAAGUGUUGAACGACUAUUUGGGUUCUGAUGAUAAUUUGAACGGCGGUAGAUUCCAUCAACACCUGAGGGUCACUUUCGCCCCACUGGUGGUACGUUAUGUGGAUCUAAUGGAAUCGUCUAUAGCGCAAUCAAUUCACAAGGGUUUCGAGAAAGAAAGAUGGGAAAUCAAAGGAAAUGGUUGUGCUACAUCAGAAGAUCUUUUCUGGAAAUUGGACGCAUUACAGUCAUUCAUAAGAGAUCUACAUUGGCCAGACAUGGAAUUCCGGCAACAUCUAGAGCAAAGACUGAAACUAAUGGCUUGCGACAUGAUCGAAUCUUGCAUACAAAGAACGGAAACUGCGUUCCAACAAUUUGGAAAGAAAUCGUUGACAUUCAUCUCCACAGAUUAUAUAAUACCAUCUGAAGUAUGUGCUAUGGUCAAUGUAGUUCUUGAUGCUAAAAACCAGUCAUUCAAACUCUGUACUAUAGACGGUUUGGAUGUGCAUAAGUACCACCAGAAAAUCGAUGACCAGAUAGAUAAAACCCUGGCGAGUAUGAACCAAGGCAUGGUGAGUAAAUUAUUGGCUGUUUUGGAAGGAACACUGGGUAAACUUUCACGCUACGACGAAGGGAGUUUUCUAGGCCAUAUAAUAGCGUUCACUCCGGUAUUGCAGAACAUGCAUGGGACUGGCAAAGAUUUGGGCCAGGGAUACGUGAACUUUACAUUGAACUGUAUGGACCAAAUUCGAGGAAAGAUAACGGAUGAAUUGUGGAUCCUAACUUUUUUCGAACAAUGGUAUAUCGGUCAGAUAACCAUGCUGUGCAAUUGGUUAUCUGAAAGGUUAGAUCAUACCCUUCAUCCGUUCCAAUGUGCCUGCUUGGCCCACAUAGUCCGGAAAAUUUACUCAGACUUCGAACUCCAGGGUGUAAUGGAAGAAAAACUGAACUCCAAAGCUUACCAAACUAUCUCCCAGAGGAUGCAGACUGAAGAGGCAACCUGUGCUCUUACUAUGAACCAAGUAGAUGGGGGCGAUGUAUAUAACGAGGAGGGAGAUUCCAGAGGCAAAAGCAAAGUACCCGUCUUGGAGAGUUUGGGAGGAGAAGAUGGAAACUACGUAUCAAACAUAGGUAACAUCCUAAGCAACCGGGUGGGCAACAUCUUCGGAAAAGGAUUUGGCGGCAUAAGCAACAAAUUCGGUGGGAAGUAGAAGAUUGAAACAGAAAUCUUAUAUUUUCUCAUGUUCGAAUGUAAUGUAAGUUCUGUUAUUUAAUGCUUAUUAAAUUCAGUUUAAACAAGCGAUUUCAUUUAAACUUUUUAUAUGAGCUGUUAAAGAGCAAACGUUCGAAACGUUUUCUACGAAUUGCACUUGCUGAAACACUUCAUUAAGAUUUUCAGGUAUAAUUUUUCCGUUUAAGUGUUAUGCCUUCAGAAACACACAUUUUCAGAUGGUACAAUAAAUACUCACUUGGUAUUGCACUGGCAAAUAUUCAAUAAUUCUUAAACACCUCUCAAUGUAUUCUUGCAAUAAUACUGGAUAACAAACAUUGCCUAUAAAUUGUUCAUUAGUGUUUCAUUCAUUUCAAAUAAUUCAAAACAAGAAACUCAAAAGAAUAUGGAACGAAGCUAUUUGUUAUAUGUUCCAAUCUUCGUCACGUUCUUCACGGGUCAUAUUUUGAAUUUGGUUUAAUGAAAUCGAUGUCUUAAGACAAUAAUUAUGGUUGAGUUAACAUUCUUGGUUUGUCUAAUUUGAAACGAAUAAAUGAUAUUCGAUAGGAUAAAUAAAUUUUUGCUGAAGUUUUUGAUAGUGUUUUGUAUUGAAUUUAGAUAUAGAAUAUAUACUUUUUUAUAAAUAAUAAUAUAAUGGAUGUUAGUAUGUAUUAUAAUUAGAUAUAUUUCUCUUAUAUAAUUAGCUUAGCAGUGCAAUAUCUAGUGUUAUUGAUCGAAUAUUUUCAGUAACUCAAGCACUUUUCUAAGUAGAUUAUGACACUGGCAUAUCUUAAUUAUUGUAGACAUUUUUAGAUACUGAAAAUAUCGAUUGAUCAAAGAAGAAUGUUUUGUGCGAAGAAUGAAAACACACCAAUUAUUGGACAUAUGUUGAACUGAUCAAUAAAUAAAUUAACAUUGUCCACAGCCUUUUAAAAUAUUAUAUUAUAUAAUAUUCAAUCUUAGCUUUAUAUCGCUGAAUUUUGGGUAUUUUUUUCAUCAGUGAUUCUAGAUACUGUGAUCUUGAACUACAUUUUAGAUAAAGUAACAACGAUUCUUGAAAAUUAUUAAUGUUAUUCUGCAUGCCUACCGCUUAUACUUUGAAAGGUAUCUGUAGCUAUUUAACAGGAAAUAUUCAGAUAUUAAAGUACAAAUUUAUGAAUAAUUCUUAUAAUAUAGUAUAGUAUUACAGUUUCAAAAAUGUAAUUCUGGUGAAUGUGAAUAUUUAGGUCUAAAUAAUACGAAUCAAUAAUAUUCAUACUAUUAUAUUCAUAAUGAAUUCAAUAUUAGAUUGGCUUUGAAAUGCAUUCAAUAUUCGUAUAGAUCAUCGAAAAAAUUCACUUUAUCUGAACCUGCCGCAAUUUUAUAUUUCAAUAAAAUAACAUAAACCAAUAUGAAAUUUGAAAUAUUCUUAGAAAUUCUGAUUGAAUCUACAGAAUUCUCAUUCGGCAGGUUUGCAGGUUAUUGUCCUCGUUUUGCAUCGGUCGGUCAAUUUUGGAAAAUUGAUGAUAAGUUUUCAUAUUUUUCGACAAUCUGCGAAAACGUGUAUUUGUGAUUCAGAAACAUGGAGGAUAUGCUGAAAUAUAAUGUUUCAAUUUUCGAAACUCAACAUUGCCUUUCUAUCACCCAGUUCACUUAUAUCUUGUAGAUAAUUAUUCAAUUCGAAUAUGAAGUAGAAAAGAUUGCAGUAUCUCGAGAAAGUGCUCCUUUCACUUAGAAAAAUGUUCAGUUGAAAAACUCGUAUAAAUAAAACAGACGAGAAAGCAAAGGUUAGGUCUGUGAUGUCAUUGAAAUGGCAAGAUUUAAUAAGUCUACAUAAAAACUCCUAUAUAGGCAGAAUAUAUUGUUAUGUUUAUCUCGUACUUUACUGGUGAUCACCUAUACUGUUUAGGAGAAGUUCUCAAUCAUUAUAGUCUACUUUUUUUAAUAUUCCUUUUUGCCAUUUCUACUUUUUAUGUCAUGAAACACAUUCAAAUUUAUAAACGGCUAUUCUGGUAACAUCCAAAGCCUUAAAAACGAAAUUGUAAUAGUUUUACGAAUUGGAACUGAAGAUGUUCGUAUAGUCAAGGUUUUGGUGCUAAAAAUUUCUCUUAAAAAAUAUAAUUCUGAAUUAAUUUGCCAACAAGCAGGUAAGCGAUGUCAUCAGAUAGCCUGGUUUCUCUCACUUUUUGUUAUGUAUUAUUUUUGAUAAUAGAGCUUUGAAAAUUCAUGCUUUUCCACUCAUAAGACCUUGUCUUUGUGGAAAGUAGAAUUAUUGAGAUGUAUUACUGUAUUCUGGAAAAUAAAUUAUAUUAUAAUUGUUCGAAA